AUGAGCGAUGAUGCUCCCAUGUUCUAUAAUGCAUGGGAGCAUACAUUUGGUUCUUGCCAAAAAUUAUUAUGUGCUUGGCAUGUGGACAGAGCAUGGAAAGGUCAUUUGAAUUCUGUGCCAAAACAUAAAAGACAAGCAGUGUACAAAACUUUAAAAACUUUAAUGUAUGAAUUAGAUGAAGAAAUGUUCAACAAAAUGUUAGAAACAUUUUCUGAGCAACUAUGUGAAGAUGAAGACACGCGAGAAUUCCAUAAAUAUUUUAUGACAUACUAUUUUGAAAGAGCCAAAAUGUGGGCAUACUGUUUCAGAAAAGGGGCUAAAAUCAACACCAAUAUGUAUGUUGAAACAUUUCAUCGGAAAUUAAAAUAUAUUUAUUUAGAUGGGAAGAAAACCAAACGGGUUGAUAAAUGUAUCAUCGAGUUAAUUAAUCUUGUCAAUGAUCAAAAGUUUGACACUUACAUAAAAUAUCAGAAAGGAAAAAUAACAAAGAAGACAACAAAAACAUUUCAACGUCAUAAAGCUGCUGAGCUUUUAAAUGCUAACUGUGUAAAAAAAGAUGAUGUAUGGGAAGUUUCAUCAGAACUGGGAGAAAAUUCUUAUAAAAUUAUCAGAGAUCAUGUUUGUAAUGAUUUAUGCCUCAUAACUUGUAGACUUUGUUCAUGCUGUUUAAAAGCUUAUAAAUGUACAUGCCAUGAUUAUUCUAUUUUAAAUAAUAUGUGUAAACAUAUACAUUUUGUAAUCAUGUCUGAAAAAAAGACAGAACCUUAUAUAGGCCCUCUAAACAGAAUACCUACUAGGAAUAAUUAUGAAUCUUUAACAGUAAGUAAAACAUGCAUUAGUGAACUUAUUCAAUCUUCAUUUUCAAUUUCUGAAAAAUUAAACUGCAUUGAAAAUAUGGACAUUAAUCUUGCUACACAAAUAAAAAAGCAUUUAAAUGCAAUUGAACAUUUUAUUAGAAGUUCCUUUGUUAGAUAA